UGACCUCAAAAACAUUUUUCGGUUUCGAGUAGUCCGGUUUCUCAUUUCUCGGUCUCACUGCGGUUAGCUGAAUCUAGAUCAGCCCUAGCCGCCGAUUUCUAACCCAUCAGAAGUUUGAGGUGCCCCCAAAAGAGUUCAAACUUGUUCGACCUCAUUUCAACUUCAGCCAUCUUGAGCGCGUCAGAGACAAACCCGAUUCUACGACGUUGGGGUUGGGGGUUAGGGUUCCGUUCGUCCGCACAACUGGUGGAUUACUCGUUCUUGGUUUAUAGGUUCUUCUGAAUCGCGUCGCGUCGAGGGGGGAGAUCUCGACUGUCGAAGAGAAUAGGGGAAGAAGAUGGCGUCUUCCGCAUUGAAGGCUGCGGCGGGGAAGGUCGGCACUGCUGCCCGUAAGCAAGCUUUGACGCUGACCGAUGCCGCGGCCGCAAGGAUACGCCAGCUCCUGAACCUUCGCCAGCAGGCUUAUCUCCGUCUCGGGGUCAAGGCCCGCGGCUGCAGUGGUCUAUCCUACACCCUGAACUAUGCUGAUGAAAAAGGUAAAUUUGAUGAGCUGGUGGAGGACAAGGGUGUGAAGAUACUGGUUGAUCCAAAAGCUCUUAUGCAUGUAAUUGGAACAAAGAUGGAUUUUGUUGAUGAUGCACUAAAGUCAGAGUUCAUAUUCAUCAACCCAAACUCAAAAGGGCAGUGCGGUUGUGGUGAAUCCUUUAUGACAAGCAGCAGCAGUCAAGAUAAUAAGCCAUCUGGUCUGUGACAUGUUCCUCUGGGGCAUCUGAAGGUGGAAUGUGGUCCUGCAGGAACAAAUGUUGCAGUCGUCCACUGAUUUAAUUGCGUUACUGAUUUCUCCUGAAGGCUUUCUGCAUUGGGGAGGACAUUCUUGUUGAGCAGUCAUCUAAUAUUAUGUUCUUGUAAAUUUUUUUUUCAUAGAAAAGGAAAAAUUACUAUGGAUAUGUUUGUGAUCGUUUUGAUUUUGCACAAUAACAUUGAUGUAUAAUAAUACCGUAAUUUGGUUC